AGGGGGUCUUUAUUUUAUUUGAACAACCUGUUGAUAAAUCAGUAGUUGAAUAGCUUAGCCUCGGAAAUCAAUAGAAAAGCCUCACCUUGUUCCGGCUACCGGUAAAAGCGACGUUAUGAGUACCGCUACGGUUCACAAAGUUUUCGUGUACGGCACGUUGAAAAAAGGGGAACCCAAUCAUUUUUGGUUUUCUAAAUCUUCCGAGGGUUUCUGCAAGUACCUUUGCGACGCCAAAACGAAAGAGAAAUUCCCUCUGAUAAUCGCGACUGAGUAUAACAUUCCCUUCCUGCUGCAUAGUCCAGGUAACGGUUAUCAAGUGAAAGGGGAAGUGUAUGAAGUUGAUGAUAAAGUGAUGGCAGACCUGGACGAUUUGGAGGGCUAUCCAGGUUUUUACGCGAGAGAUAUAUAUGACGUUAUCCCGCUCGAUGGUCCAGAAUCUACGAUGAAAGUCUGGAUUUAUUUGAUAAAAAAUUACAAGGAAAAGCUCUUGAAGGAACAUUUUUAUGAAAGCUACAGUGACUCUGGGAGUCAUGGGAAAAGAUACGUUGUGAGGUAUUUGCGCAUCAAUGGUGAUUAUAAGGCUUCAAUAUUGAAGUAAAUGUUUUCUUUUGAUUGCAGUGAAAAUGCAUCGCUCGAAGAUUUGAAUUUGUAUAACUCAAUGGUUGUGGCAAUUUCUUGUAUAUCCCAAGUGUGACUAAUAUACCUA